AUGAGGUUACAAUGUUAUACCAGAAACAUGGAGCCACCAAUAACCAUUGUGCACUUAGAGUGUGUGGCCUUGUUCAUAUUGUGCACAACAGUGUUUGUUUCCGCUACUUCUCAGCAGAAAGAGGCGAGUUACCUGAAAAUGGUGGUGAACGCGAGCAAGUUGCCAGUGGAAGAUUACUACGACUACAUCGUCGUGGGUGGUGGCACUGCGGGGUGCCCACUGGCGGCGACACUCUCACAGUCGUUUAGGGUGCUUCUGCUGGAACGAGGGGGCGAUGGGCGGGGGAACCCCAACCUGAUGAACCAAGAAGGGUUCUUGAGCAACCUCUUGAACACUGACAAUGAGGACUCUGCCACCCAGGCUUUCAUUUCCGAGGAGGGAGUCCCCAACGCCCGUGGCCGAGUUCUUGGGGGCAGCAGCGCCAUCAACGCCGGCUUCUACAGCCGAGCCCACCGCGAUUUCUUCGGGAAUUCGGGCUUGCACUGGGACCUGACGCUGGUGAACCACUCGUAUCAAUGGGUGGAGAAGGAAAUCGUCUUCAAGCCCAACCUCAAGACGUGGCAAUCGGCGGUUCGCGAUGGCUUGCUGGAAGCAGGGGUCACUCCCUACAACGGCUAUACUCUCGACCACGCCAAGGGAACCAAGAUUGGGGGCUCCACCUUCGACAGCUCCGGCAGACGACACACCUCUGCGAAUCUUCUCAGACACGCUCGUCCAUCCAACAUCAAGGUUGCUGUUUACGCCACCGUGGAGAGGCUGCUUCUCUCUGGUUCCAGCGCCAUCGGAGUCCUCUACCGCGACCGGAGAGGGAUCCACCACCACGCAUUCUUGCUGGAACACGGAGAGGUGAUUCUGUCGGCCGGUGCCAUUGGAAGCCCUCAGCUUCUUCUUCUGAGCGGAAUCGGUCCCAGGCCUUAUCUCUCUUCCUGGGGAAUCCCCGUCGCUCACCACCUUCCAUACGUAGGACAUUUCCUCUACGAUAAUCCCAGGAACGGAAUCACCAUUCUCCCCUCCCUUCCACUCGACCAUUCUCUCAUCCAAGUCGUCGGGAUUACCGACUCCGGCGCUUACAUCGAGGCCGCAUCUAACGUCGUUCCUUUCAACUCCCCUCCCCACACCGCCUUCGUCCGCUCCCCCCUCUACCUCACCGUCGCCACCCUCAUUUCCAAGAUCUCCGGCCCUCUCUCGGCCGGCUUUCUCAGACUCGCUUCCACCAACGUCGACGCCAAUCCCAUUGUGAGGUUCAAUUACUUCAACAACCCCCUUGACCUGGAGCGCUGCGUCAACGGGAGCAGGAAGAUAGGGCAGAUCCUCGGGAGCAGGGCCUUGAAGGACUUCAAGUUCACUAACUGGUUGGGGGAGCCAGACUUCAGGUUUAUUGGCCCCGCUUUGCCCCUUCACCAAACGGACUACUCUCGCAUGGCCGAUUUCUGCCGCCGGACUGUCUCCACCAUUUGGCACUACCACGGCGGCUGCGUCGUUGGCAGGGUCGUUGAUCCCCAUCUCAAGGUCAUCGGAAUCUCUUCCCUUCGUAUUGUUGAUGGAUCCGUCUUUAGCGUAUCGCCUGGAACCAAUCCUCAGGCCACCCUCAUGAUGCUCGGACGGUAUUUUGGGUUCAAGAUUCUCAGAGAAAGGGACGCAUACAAAUGA